UAGGCCACCAUGCCCUCCGGAAGUUAGUUUGUUUUAUUCGGACACUGGCGAAAGCACCAGAGAGAGUGAACGGUGGUCGAACCAAGUAAAAAAUAAUACACAGUGCCUGACGAAGAGCGUGCAGGGAGAGUCUGAAGCACUGAGAGGUGUAUGAGGCACGCUAUUAAUACGAAAAAAUCUUUUUGAAUAUACUCCGAACCCCCGAGUCUAAGCCCUCAAGUCCUCUGGGGCGAGACGAAGCGAGGCGGGAGGUGAUGGAGACUUCACCGGCGAAGGGGAAACCGCAGGGUCGGCUGCUGGUGUCCACGACUCUCGAUGCGAAAGAUGAACUGGAGGAGCGUUUGGAGAGGUGUGUGGGGAUCGUCACCGCGUUAACCGUUGGCCUUUCAGAACGAGAGGCCAAUGACGCCAUCACCGCCAAUGUGUGUAAGGGUCCCCAGCAGCAUGAGGAGGUGUGUCUGGGUCUCUUCGCUCUGCUGCUCACAGAGCCGUCCCAGGCCCAGAGGUGUUACAGAGACCUGACGCUGGUCAACAGAGAUGGGAUGAGCGUGAUCCUGGUGAAAAUCAACCAGAUUCUCAUGGAGAAGUUCCUCAAGCUGCAGGACGUCUGCCGCACUCAGUUGGUGUGGCUGGUGCGGGAGCUGGUGAAAACAGGUGUGAUCGGAGCAGACGGAGUGCUCAUGACGCUGAUGAAGCAAAUAGCAGGUGGAGACAUCACUCCCAAGAACAUUUGGCUAGCUGAAAAUGUUCUGGAAAUCCUGGUGGAUCAAAAGGAGUGGGUGUUGAAGAGCGGGAUGCUGAUAGCCAUGUCCGUCUACACGUACCUGCGCCUCAUCGUCGACCACGGAACCCCCGGCCUGCUCACCCUGAGACAGAAGGAGGUGGACUACUGCAUCAGCAUGCUGAGAGACAAGUUCAUGGAAUGUGUAAUCAUCGGCAGAGACUUGGUGAGGCUGUUGCAGAUCGUUGCUAGGAUACCAGAGAUGGACCUGCUGUGGAGAGAUCUGCUCCACACCCCCCAGAACCUCAGCCCCCAGUACACUGGUCUUCUUCAGUUGCUAACAGCCAGGACUUCUAGAAAGUUCCUUGCGUGUCGUCUGACUCCAGACAUGGAGACCAAGCUGCUCUUCAUGACCUCCAGGGUGAGGUUUGGCCAGCAGAAACGCUAUCAGGAUUGGUUCCAGAGACAGUACUUAUCCACGGCCGAGAGCCAAUCACUGCGUUGCGAUCUCAUUCGCUACAUCUGCGGCGUGGUCCAUCCGUCCAAUGAGGUGUUGAGCUCUGACAUCCUGCCACGCUGGGCUAUCAUUGGCUGGUUGCUCACAACCUGCACGUCUAAUGUUGCUGCCUCUAAUGCUAAGCUGGCUCUGUUCUAUGACUGGCUCUUCUUCAGCCCAGAGAAAGACAGCAUAAUGAACAUAGAGCCUGCUAUCUUGGUAAUGCACCACUCUAUGAAGCCUCAUCCAGCCAUCACUGCUACUCUGCUGGACUUUAUGUGUCGGAUCAUCCCUCACUUCUUCCCUCCUCUGGAGGUGCAGGUGCGACAGGGAGUCUUCAACUCGCUCAACUUCAUCAUGGAGAAGAGAGUGUUGGCUCAUCUAGCUCCUCUGUUUGAUAAUCCUAAACUGGACCGGGAGCUUCGCUCCAUGCUGAGAGAACGCUUCCCUGAGUUCUGCAGCUCACCCUCGCCCCCGACAGAAGUUAAAAUGGAGGAGUCAGUUUCCCUGGAGAUGGACAACCACGUGCUCGACAAGGAGGACGGUUGCUAUGACAACACGGAGGCGGCCUUUAGUGACGAUGAGGAAGAAAUCAGCAACAAAGGUAAAAAGCGAGAGUUCAGGUUCCAUCCUAUCAAAGAGGCCAUAAUAGAGGAGCCUGUUGACAUCACGCCUUAUUUGGACCAAUUGGACGACACAAUGAAGGAGAAGGUGUUGCAGCUGCAGAAAGGAAGUGACACUGAGACUCAGUGUGAGGUGAUGCAGGAGAUCGUGGACCUGAUCCUGGAGGAGGACUUUGACUCAGAGCAGAUGUCCACACUGGCCUCCUGUCUGGCUGAUCUCUUCAAGAGUCACUUCAGGGGGGACGUUCUGCCUGACGAGAUCACUGAGGAGUCCCUGGAUGAGUCUGUGUGUAAGCCCGUGUGUCUGGUGUUCAGGAACCUGUGUCAGAUGCAGGAGGAGAACACGCGCUUCUCUGUGCUGCUGGACAUGCUGUCGGAGCUGUACCAGAAACAGCCCAAGAUAGGCUAUCACCUGCUCUACUACCUCAAGGCCAGUAAAGCGGCUCUGGGGAAGAUGAGUCUGUAUGAGUCGUUUGCCCAGGCCACAGCUCUUGGAGACCUGCACACCUGCCUGAUGAUGGACAUGAAGGCCUGUCAGGAGGACGACGUCAGGCUGCUCUGCUACCUCACCCCCUCCAUCUACUCUGAGUUCCCAGAUGAGACACUGCGCAGUGGAGAGUUGCUGAACAUGAUCGUAGCUGUCAUUGACUCCACACAGCUGCAGGAGCUGAUGUGUCACGUGAUGAUGGGGAACCUGGUCAUGUUCCGCAAGGACUCUGUCCUCAACAUCCUGAUUCAGUCUCUCGACUGGGAGACGUUUGAACAGUACAGCACCUGGCAGCUGUUCCUGGCUCACAGCAUCCCUCUAGAGACCAUCAUCCCCAUCCUGCAGCACCUCAAAUACAAAGAACACCCGGAGGCUCUGUCCUGUCUGCUGCUACAACUGAGGAGGGAGAGACCCAGUGAGGAGAUGGUGAAGAUGGUCCUGAGCAGGCCAUGCCACCCGGAGGACCAGUUCACCACCAGCAUCCUGCGCCACUGGGCGGCCAAGCACGACGACGUGCUGGGGGAGCACAUCAAGGCCCUGCUCAUCAAGAACAACAACCUGCCCCGCAAACGCCAGAGUCUGCGCAGCUCCAGCAGCAAGCUGGCCCAGCUCACCCUGGAGCAGAUCCUGGAACACAUGGACAACCUGAGACUCAACCUGAGCAACACCAAGAACAGCUUUUUCACCCAGACCCCCAUCCUCCAAGCUCUGCAGCAUGUACAGGCCAGCUGUGACGAGACACACAAGAUGAGAUUCAGCGACCUGUUCUCAUUGGCUGAGGAGUACGAGGAGGCGUCGUCCAAACCUCAGAAAUCGCGUCGCAAGGCGCCUGCCACGUCGCCACGGUCACGCAAGGGGGCGGCCCCGCCCGCCAGCAACGAGGAGGAGAGCGCCUCCAGCACUGCCUCCGAAGAGGAAGACUCCAAGCCCAAACCUCCAAAGAGGAAGAGGAAAGGCUCGUCAGCCGUGGGCUCCGACAGCGACUGAGUGACACCCCAACCCACCAACCACCACCCAGCUGCCAUAGCGACCACUUUGAGAGACAGGACCAUCAGCCAAUCAGCUUCUCCAAACCACUGAGGAACCCCCGCCCCGCCAGAGUCGCCCUGGCUUAUGGAGGGAAGGGCGGUAGUCCUCCACAUGGACUCUCAACGCCAUUGGCUGGAGCCAUGGAGACACUCCACCCUCCCGCCCUGUUCUCACUGCUUAUUGGCUGCUUUGCCUGUUGGUGUGACUUUAUUGGUCGGGAGAGAUGUCAGUGGUGGCACUGACAAACUGAACUGUUAUCCUUGAGGAAGACCGGACUCCUCUAGACGUAGAAUACGGGGGAAGAUGUUGUCGCCCUCUCACGCCCUCUAGUGGCCUGCUCAUCACACUGCACUUAGAGGAGACGGCGAGAAGUUUCACCAUUCAUGACCCAACAACCAACCAGCAUCAAGACCUUGUCCCCCCACCACCCAGCCUAGUAGAUUUUAACAGAAGAACAAACAACACUAUUCCUGUUUAUUUUCAAAGGUGUAAAAUAUAUUUCUGGAGUUACUAAGGAGAUGAAGAGGAUUCCUCCAAUGCCCCGUGCCCAGCCCGCCCCCACCCAACUCCACAACUACCAAUGAUUGGUUGAUAAGCUUAACUUUCCCGCCCCACCUCCCCCUUCCCGUUCUCUGAUUGGCCAGACGUGAGACUGUAGACUCUCUUUGGAUAAUUUUAACCCCCCCCCCUUCGUGUGGUUGGAGUGUACAGAGGUGCAGGAAUAAAGACUGUUGGACUCGAGGAUUAGUUGCUGAACUUUUUAAUGGAAAUUUCUUUCUACUGACCUAUUUUCAUAAAAAAGAUCAUAACUAUGUGAAAUUAUGAUAUUAAUAAAAAAGGGCUUAAAAAGA